ACAGGCAUAAGUGUCGUUCCAUCAAAAUUACCCCAAGUAUUGUCAAGAAAAGGUAAAAGGCAGAUUGGUAGCCUUACUUCUGGAGAGAGGGGAUCUACGAUCACAACUAUUGUUUGUAUGAGUGCAGGUGGAAUAUUUGUUCCACCACUAUUUAUAAUUCCACGCAAGAAACGCUCAGAUUUGUUAAAAGGAGCGCCGCCAGAAUCAAUAUACGAAUGUCAUCAAUCCGGUUGGGUUCAAACAUACAUUUUUACAAUAUGGUUUCGGCACUUCAUAAAACACGUAAAACCAUCAGCUGCUUCACCAGUAUUGCUCGUCUUGGAUGGUGAUUCGAGUCAUACAAGUAAUAUUGAGCUUGUUGAUUUGGCUAGGGAAAAUCACGUAUCUAUCGUAUCCAUCCCUCCACACUCAAGUCACAAAAUACAGCCGCUAGAUAAAACUUUCAUGGGACCUCUUAAGAGUUAUCUUUCGGAAGAAAUACGUGUUUGGAUGCGUUCGAACGGCAGAGCUUUGACACCCUUCGAUAUGGCAGAGCUAUAUGGAAAGGCCUAUUUGCGAGUUCACAGUGGGAAAAUCGCAAUUAAUGGAUUUCGCACAACCGAUAUAUUUCCUCUGAACCGAUAUAUAUUUCGCGACGAUGAGUUUUUGGCUGCCGACGAUGUAGCAUCGCAUUCUCCUCCUCGAGAGUAUGAAAGCACUUAUGAAGUACCAGAGGAAAUACUAAAUAACGAAAUCAUUGUAGAGUGUCCGCAUCCAAUAAACGAUAUUUGUAAUGGAAAUUUAAAUCGUUCAGUUCUAAGCGAAUCCAACAGACGCCAGAAUAUUGAUUCUAAUGAACCCAGCACCUCCAAGGGAAUUAUUAAAAAACUAAAUUUUGCAAAAGAAAAGUGUACAGCACCCAAAAAACACCAAGAUAAUUCUAGUCAACCCAACACUUCCAAAGCACUUAUGAAAAAAAUUAAUUCAGAAAGAAAAAUGUGCAGGAAAAGGGAAGAAAACAAAUUCCUCAUCCUCUUCGGACUGGGAUGA